CCAUCGACGGACGCACAACCGCUCGAUCUGUCCUCACGGCCACCAGUGACAUGGAGGGAGCGUAUAUUUCACAGCCUGCCCUAUUACACGGGUCCCUAUAGCGUGGGCUACUUGGAACUCGAGCUCCCAGCCGAGCGACCAAGGACGUUCUCGCGCAUCAAGCGUGACAGUCGUCAUGCCUUGCAGCUGGACACGGUUCUGUUCAGCAUCUACUACCCUACCAAUGUAGACCCGAGCUCGGGCGCCAGAGUCCUGUGGCUUCCCCGACCACGGGUGCCAACCUGUCAUGGAUAUGCAAAGUUUCUCAGUAUUCCUAACCUUCCAGUAACGGCAUACAUGGCUGCCACGUGCAUGUUCACGAAACUGCCAGCGAUGAGGAACGCGAGACUGGCGCAGGCCCAACCGUCAGGCUCGAGCCUACCGAAAAAGGAGGAGGCAGACAGAAUGGUGGGAGCGGAAGGGUCAGAUGGAGAAGGAGACGGGAGGCCGACAUUCCCUGUCGUCAUGUUCAGCCACGGGCUGGGAGGAUCGAGAACCAUGUACUCGACGGUCUGCGGGGAUCUCGCCUCGUACGGCCUUGUUGUUGUGGCUGUGGAACACCGUGAUGGGUCGGGGGCGAGGUCGUAUGUCAAUGUGCCUCCGGACCGGGACUCGCCCGAGCUUAGUCAGGAGGAGAGGAGUCGUAGUGUCGACAAGGCUGAGCCGGGCAAGUCGGCAGCAUCGCAAGCAGGUGAGGAGCCGAGGCGGGCGAGAAACUACGUCGUGGACUAUAUCUUUCCCAAGGACAACGCGCAGGACACGGCUCCCCACAAUGCCAAAGGGGUGGAUCGCGAGUUGCGCGGUGCACAGAUCGAGAUGCGCCUGGCUGAGUUGGAAGAGGCUUUCAAGGCGCUGGAGGUCAUCAGUGAGGGUGACCCCGAUGAUAGAAUUAAGAGAGCCAACCUGCGGAAGAAGCCCAACCGCGGCUCCAGCUCCAAGGGACUCGAUGGCAUCGACUGGACAGACUGGAAGGGCCGCCUGUCGCUUCAGAAUGUCACGGCCAUGGGGCAUUCCUUUGGCGGUGCUACGACGGUACAGAUCCUCCGCCUCAACGACCGCUUUCCCUGGAUCGGGCAGGGCAUCCUCCUGGACGCGUGGGGGCCCGCGACCCCAGAGGCGGAGCCAGGGUCAGAGCAGACCAUCACGAAGCCGCUCCUGUCCAUCGGCUCGGAGGCCUUCAUGCACUGGAAGGACAACUACGACAAGGUCACCGAGAUCUGCACCGAGGCGCGGUCGGGCGGCGCCCUGUGCUGGAUGCUGACCGUGCGAGGAUCGACACACCUCUCGCAGACAGACUUUUCUGUGCUGUACCCACGGUGGGUAUCUUUCCUGAUGAAGACGCUGAUCAACCCACUCCGCGGCAUCUACCUCACCGUCGCACCGUCCCUCGAGUUCCUCAAGAUCGUUCUCCCGCCGGAGCAGACUAGCACGUAUGACGACGACGACGACGACAACGACAAUGAUGUCGGCGGCCUGCUGCAUGGGACACGGCCCGUGGACGAGAUCUCGCUGGAGCACAAGCCCGACGAGAGGUGGAUCGCUGCACGGCUUAAGGUCCGGCACGAGUUCAGGCUGCGGCUGCAGAGGUGGUGGAACAUGAAGUGGCGG